CAGCUGUGAACACGUAUACCAGUUCUACAGUUGACUAAUAGGUUUCGAUGUGGCUAAGUCUUCAGCUAGACUGAAAAUGGUGUCAUUGAUUGGCAUUAUUAUUAUUAUUUUGGGUGUUUUCAUUCUUGUAUCCGGAUCACCUACUUCACACCAUAGCGGGUACGUCUUGAUGCCGAUUCAGGUAGCGGACAAGAUCCUGGACAAAGAUAUUGAGAAAGUUGAAAAGGUGAGCAAACUGUCGUAUGCUCUGCUGAAGGACUUGCAAGAGAAUCAAGACAAAUAUCCGACCAGUGUCGUAAGUCGUACGUUUGCCAGAGUGGCCGAAGAAGCUGCUGAAGUGCUUGGAAGUAGCUUGCGAGACAUCAAGACUCUCAUUUACCCUAACGGCUUGUGAAAUAUAACUUGACGUUGUGUUGGCGAGUAACUGUUAAUAUGAUAUUUACUCAAAUUUAAAUAUUUCUUAAAUCCACUUAAAAUUCUUGGGACUACUAAUAGUGGAACUUGUGUUAUUUGCUUUCCAAGAAUAAAUGUGAAUUGACGAUUA